GGGUGUCAGUGAUGCAGCCCUCGGGCUAAUGUACUAGUCCUCAUAUGGCCCUUGUGGUGAUUUGAGUUUGAGAUCCCUGCCUUAUAGCCACAACUAGAGAAACACCCGACGCCUGGCUCUUUUUCCCCAGUCUGCCACAUUAACCAACACUGAAAGGACCCGGGUCAGAUAGAAAAACGUUACCAGUUCUCCUAUAUAAAAGAAUUGAACUCUACGCAGUAGCCUGGAAGCAGACCAGAGAGUUGAAAAGAUUUAGCCACAGCAAUCAGUCAGAACAGUAUCCUACAACAGAAGAAAAAGAACUGCAGGUGGCCGAACUACAGAUUACAGGCAGGGCCUGACGCUUCCCAUUACAAAACCCUGCUUCCAGUUACUUAUAACUUUGCCAGACUUUAAUGGUUUCAGCCGAAAUGUUCCAUACUGGGUGCCUGCCUCAGCCUGAACUUAUUUAUUUAUUUAUUUCUGCCAAAGUGGUUCAGCCAUUUCUGAGAACAGAUGUAAGGGAACAAUACAUGUUCUGGUAAACUUUUCUUUGGAAAGCUCUAGUGCUCCUGUGCUUUGGAGCGCAGUCUUGAAAUUGGCAGGGUGCUAGGCUUUGUGUCAGGGAUGUACCUUUGCCAUCCCUGUGAAAACAUAGGCACGGGAACUAGGGGUGCAGGGGGUGCUGCAGCACCCUUGGGGUCCCAGCUGAUGACCUCAGCUUGGGGGUCCAGUGGACGGGGCAAGGGGGCUGGCUUUCAGCACCCCCACUAUUAAAAGUGUUCCAGCGCCACUGCGUGAUAACCCACUCAAAUAUUGCCACGUUAAAAACCCCUGAAAAAAUCUGUUCACACAGGCUUGGCAGAGACUUCCUGGAUUUCAGCAACUAAAAUCUCCAAAGAUUGUGUCUUCACAGAACACGCUCAAGCCUCUCACAGCUCUUAGUGCUAACCACAUGCCAUACACACUAUCCCCACUGAGCACGCGUCAUCCCCUCCCAGCUCCUACGCAUGAGCUGGCUGCACAUGUGCCAUCACCACAGGGGGACUGAAUAUGCUCCCUCCAGCCCAGGUCAACAAGGGUGAAGCCAAAUGUUCCUUGGAAUGGCUGCUCCCAGCUAUGGUGCAGGUUAGGGUGAGGCGGAGCACUGGAACUGAGUGUAAGGAGCCUGUCUCUCCUGUGUUGUCAAUGACACACACGCCUGCUGGUGUCCAGGCCGUGCAGAAGAUGAAGUCGUCUGAUUAGAAUGCCGAGUGGACAAAGGUCAGACCACAGGAAAGGGAAAGGAGUAGUCUGGGACAAAGAGUCUAGUGAGACAGUCUGGAGGCAGCAAGAAGAUAAACUGGGAUUGCUCAAGCAAAGAGACCAGGACUGGGAGGAGGCUGGGACUAACGGGGCAAGGAGACAGGGACUGGAAGCAGUACAAGGAAACAAGGGGAGGACCAGGAGCUAGUUGGCUCGGAGGAGAUGGGGAACACCGAGUUCAGAAGAACCACGGAGAGGGGUAGAUUGGACUGCCUGGGACUAGGUGCAGAGCAUGGGAGAGAUGUAGGAGAUACUAGCUGGGGAGACCGGGAUUCGACAGCGAUCCCAGAUGAGGAGACUAAGAGAACCUUAAUAAUGUUCUUUAAAAGCAGUCUGUGUGUGUGCAUAUCUCCAAGUUUUUUAGUGUUAUAUACAGGUUCAUUGAAUGUAUGAAUCCCCGAGAGAGCAUGCACACAAAUCCAUCCGCCACUGCUUUCUAGAAGUUUCUGGAUCCAUUUGCCAAGAAUGGGGAUUUAUAGAACAAAUUCUUGAAAGCAAACAAUAUCCCACAAUUCCCUUCCCAGGGAAAAAAGAGGGGGAGGUGAAGGAGAGAGUUAACAGCACAAUUCAAGGCCCCAGUCCCAGAACAAGGAGUCACAACCAUCAUUCUGGCCAUCAUUCCCAGGAAAGGUGAGAAGAGGUCUCCCCCAUAAUUCAGGACCCCCUUCACAAGAGAAGGGGUCACUCGCACAGCUAUGGACCCAAUCCCCAGGAGGUGGGUUUCCUCCCAAAGGGUCAGGUCAUCCUACAGUUCUGCACCAUGUUUUCAAGAAAUUGUCACUUCCACAAUUCUGGACCGCAUACCCAAGCGAAAGUACUCUCAAGUUGGUGUUCUGCUGCCCACCUUCAGGAUGAGGGCUCAUUGCUAAUAGGAACACCACUCUCAGAGCAGGAGUAUGAUCAGUUCUUCAAACCUCUUCGUGCCCCUUACCGAACCAGUGCCAUCUGCCUCAUUCGUUCCUUGUAUGGCUGCCAGAAUUCUUUGAUCCAGAGAUUGGACCAAUACGAAAACCAUGGAGUCAUCCCUCAAGGGCCUGUAUGCUCAGACCUGCCAGAAAUUCCCUUCUUCGCAGACUUUUGUACAUUUACCUUUUAUCGCUGUACUAUGAAGAAGUAUUUUGUUAAGAGGGUUAUAUGCCCAGAGGAGAUCCAAAGCAAGACUGGUAGGACACGAACCUUCAACGAAGAUGUCACUGCCAGUGAUAGACUUUUGCCCCCAAAAAAGACCUCUACCCAGUCUUUCACCACCGCAGGACCCCUACCUCCUUCUGGUAGAGGAGCAGCUGCUGUCAAGGAUAUCCUCCUAUCAACUUCACCCCAAUCCAACUCCCACACGAGAAUACUCUUAAUCUUCUCUCAGAGCCCACCUAAACCUCAGAGCAUACCAGGAAACUCCCCUGUCAACCAGAUCAGAGAGGAGGCUGAAAGUGACCAGCAGCAAGGAGAGCUGUCCAGCCCCCAGGAGUCCCAUCUACCCACCAGCGACCUGGAAGACCUCUUCCUGCGGCUAAAGGACCCCAAUGUGCAGCACUGGAUGCAGGCAAUGCAGGUGCUGCUGGCCAAGCUGAAGACAGCAGAAGAACAAGAGUUACAGGCUACUUCCCUGAAGCUGCUGAUGGCACUGAACCAUGCAAACAUGCAGCAGGAGGCUAAGCCAACGGCCACAGAAACAGUUCAGGAAAGAGAAAAACAGACAGCAGGGAAGGAGCAGCUAUGAAGCCACCCUGGCUGGUUUAUAUAAAAGAAGAGUCUGAUGUACAAGCUUCAGUAUAAGCUGACCUUUGAAAGGAAAGCAUCUUACAGAUGGGACUUCCCUGAAACCAUCAGUGUAAGGGGAGGAGCUCGGGAUACUAAAUAUGUGAAGUCCCUUUAAGGUUUCCUGCAUUUCCCAUAGCCAUGGUGUGGCAAUGAAGAGGGAAUGCCUGGCUGUUUUGGGUUUGAAGGAAGGUGGAUCCCAUCAGCUGAAAUGGAAUGACCAAGGAUUCAACAGGAAGAAAGCUUCCCUUUGGAAACUAUUGUUCUAAGUGAAGGUUUCCCUCUUUCAUAUGAAUAAUUUUCCUAUUGUGUCAUUCUUUAAGAUGGGAGGUCUCCAUUCCUAGAAAAAGGGGGGGGGGCAGGGGUGGAGAAAGUGACUCAUAUUUGCCUAUUCGGGUUUGUAUCCUGCCCCCAAAAUACAUACUGUUCUGCACAGAUGAGAGGGGAUUUGUGUGUGAUUCAGUACAUACGUUAGGAGGAAGUCAGGCCCUUCAUCCGCAAGCGUAGGUGUUUCCAUUCAGAGCCAAACACACAUUUCCUUCUCAAAAAAUGAGACGUUCCAGCUGAACACCACAAUGGAUAGUCUACAAUCAGGAAGGUCUUGCCCUCCAGGGUAAUUUCUGGUUCAGGACAUUUCCUCUCCUACAAGCAUGGUGUCUGUAUCUUGUGAUCUACUCCUGGAAUAGAAGGUGUAAAAAAACAACAAAGGACUGAUAUUGAUUUCAAUAAGUGGUCCCACCUGUCCCAGAUGGGAGCUAGAUCUCUGAAUCCACCUCAGAGGAUCUUUUGCUGUAGUGGCUGGAAAUGGUGCUCUGUUAUUUUUAUAAAUAGAGGACAGAUCUGUAAAGAUAAUUAUACAAAAGCAUUUGCAAGUGACAGAGACGAAGCUGCCAGGGACCCCGUUAUGGCUUCCUGAUUCUGCUCUGAACUGGUGCUGAGUGUACUCUGGAGGCUGCUCUAAACUAGCCAGCUCAUUAUGUUUUCCAAGGGACCACAUGCUAGCUGGGGAGAGCCAAAGCACAUACGCUGGCCAAUUACCCUGCCCACCUCCCUUGCCCCUUUGUACUGAGAGCAAUGGGAAAGAAGUGUAGAAACCAGCCCUGCCAGUCAAGUAGUUACAUGAGAAUCUCAGAUAGGGUGGAUAAAAAUCAUUAUUUUUCUGAAUUUUUAAAUCAGAUUAUAGAAAGUUUUUCUUUAUCAAAAUGUUUAAAAUUAAAUCUGAAUUUAAUACAAAAUAUGUAAAGGCCCAAGCUUAUUGCAAUCUCUUAAAAACAAUUAAAUAAAAAAUAAGUAUGCUGAAUCCGUGAGCCUCUAUUAAAAACUUUAAGUUAAAGGAUGCUUUUCUAUGUAAAUAAAGAAUGGGGGGAAGGGGGAGAGAAAUCUAACUUUUGAGGUUAAACUUUAUAAACAUGGCACAAUAGGUCACGUAUUAAGGGCUUGUUUUGUUUAAUACAAAUAAAUAUGCUAUUUUGUGUCUCCAAUUAAAUUCCAUCCUAAUGCAGCUUGACAUAAAUCAUUAGCAAAAAGUUAACCAUCCAGUAAAUAAGCAAGAUUAUUCACCAUUUUCUAACAUACUAAAAUGUACAAUUGAUAAGAAUCUGAAAAUAUUAAACUAUAUAAUUGCUUAAA